AUGAAGAGAAUAAGGCAGGAAAAAAGAACCUUGGCAGAGUUCCAUUGCGAAGUCAGUAAAGCACUUAAUCUUGCACUCACUAAAGUUGAGAUGGAUAGCUCAGGAAAUCCAUCACCUAUGAAAGAAUAUGCGAACAAGGAAGCUGUAAGGACAUUCAUUCUUGGUCUGAAUAGCAAAUAUACCAGCGGCACCCUAUAUAGCCACAAUCCAAAUGACUUAGAAACCGCUUACGCUAUCGCAAGUACAAUAUACCACGAUAACGUGAACUCCCAGUUCGACAUUCCGCAAUAUAAUCAGCACAGACAAUAUAAUAGUACAUUGCAGUAUCAAAACCAAGGCAGAAAAUAUUACGAGAUACCACAAAGGUACAGACCCAAAGUACAGGUGCAAUACAAUCACACUGCACCCAGGCAACAGCACGAACCAAUGAACGUAGCUCCAUCACAACAGUACACGAGAUCCGCAAAUAGGAAUCAUUCUGCUCCACAACAAAACAGCUAUGACCGCCAAAUGCAAGGAUUAGCUCCAAAUAAUCCAUUUCGAGGAGAUCCUCAAAAAAGAGACCGAAAUCCUUCAUCUCGUAACUACAACACACAACAGAAGGUACAACGUGUGAACCAAAUACGCGAGGAAAAACUUCAAUCGCUUGCACCAGAAUACGAAAAUGAUGAAUAUGAAACAGGCAGUGUUUUUUUAAGGCGCAUAAACGAUUUGGCGUGUCUGCAACGCCACUGCAGGGAUACAGGUAAACUAAUUAACAUCAUGAUCGACACUGGAGCAACCAACAAUUGCAUAAGUACAAAAUGCAACAUCGGUGAGUCUAUUUCCAUUAAACCUGUAAAAGUGAAAACCCUUCACGGUUAUUCAAUAACAAAAUCAAAAAAAUUGCAACACUAUUAG